UGACUUUCUCUGUUUGAUCAUAACCUUCCAACUUAAAUCAUGAAGUUUGGUGAGGAAUUGAAAGACAAUGUGUUUGCCCCAUGGAGGUUAGAGUAUCUCGCAUACGACACUAUAAAGUAUGAUCUGAAAGCUCGCCAAAUGGACCACCCAUGGAAUACGGAGGAUGAGGCGUAUUUUCUACGAGCCUUAGAGUUCGAGCUAACAAAAGUGGAUGACUUCGUCUCACGAAAGCUUAGAGAGAUUGAUAGCCGUAUUUCAUACUGUGAAAGGAUUCUCAACAAUGCUCAAGCACCGUCGAUCUUCGAUGCCAUGGACGACACUGUGACAGAAAUUCUGUUCGAUGUGAACGAUCUUACCAAGUUCACCCGUUAUAACUACCUUGGUUUCCAAAAACUAUUGAAGAAGCAUGACAAGUAUACGGGAGGCAAUAUGCGUCAACAGUUUGUGCCCAAGUUUCAAGCAAAGCCUUUGGAUAAACAGCGGUUCGAUGUUGUCAUCGUCCGUAUUUCCACUCUCCAUGAUCUGUGUCAACUUAAAGGAGAAGCACGUACAGGCAACGCUGCUGCAGGUGGUGACCAAAAUGCCUUCGAAAGAGCCACUGCCAAGUACUGGAUUCACCCAGACAACAUCACCGAAGUAAAAGCGAUUAUUUUGUUCCACCUUCCUGUCUUAGUGUUCAACACCAACAAACCGUACGAGGCUUCUGACAGCGCCAUUUCAAGUGUUUAUUUCGACAAUGAAGAUUAUGAUCUUUACACUGGGCGCCUACAACGAGACGAAGGAGCUGAAGCUAUUCGCUUCCGUUGGUAUGGGCCAGUCGACUCCCCCAAUAUUUUUAUUGAACGAAAAACGCACCAUGCGGCUUGGCUAGACGGUGCUUCUGUCAAAGACCGAUUCAGACUCAAAGAACCCCAAGUUAACAAUUUUGUUUCCGGAAGCUAUACUGCUGAUCAAAUUGCCGAAGACAUGCGAAAAAAGGGUGAUAUGGAAGAAAAUGCUAUUUCAGAAGCUCACUUUAUUGCUCAAGGCAUUCAAACGUCUUUCCGUGAGAAACACUUGGAUCCCACGCUUCGUGUCUUUUACAACCGUACAGCGUUUCAGAUUCCAGGUGAUCAACGUCUGCGUUUAUCAUUGGAUACAGACUUGACGUUUAUACGCGAAGACAAUCGUGACGGUAGCCAACGACGAGAUCCUAAUAAUUGGAGGCGGGAUGAUCUAGGUAUCGACCACCCAUUCUCCUAUGUUACACAACAAGACAUCUUGCGCUUCCCUUAUGCUGUUUUGGAAACUAAACUGCAAACACAUCUUGGUCAAGAACCUCCCGAAUGGCUUACCAAAUUACUUGAGAGCUCUCUUGUUCAUGAAGUUCCUCGAUUUUCAAAAUACUUGCACGGUGCUUCUCACUUUUACCGUGAUUCGAUGCCUCUACUUCCCUGGUGGCUGUCCGAAAUGGAUUUGGAUAUCCGGAAACCAAGAAGUAAUCAAUUCGGUUUAGCCAGAUCCAAGAGUCUCAAACCCUUGAUUGAUGGAAAAUACCGAAUGGGUUAUUUAGAAUCACAGUUGGAAAGAAAGUCGACGUUAGACCGACGUAACUCGAAACCCACCAAAGAUAUCGCAGCCUAUCGCCAAAACAACAAUAGCACGCCUAUCGAUGAAUCUAUAACGAUUGACAUCUUUUCGGAUAAUCAUCCGAGAGAUUCACACCCCUUCCAUCCUCAUGAAGAUGAUCACUUGUACAGUCGUGAAAGUGGCAAUUAUUCCUCUGCCAUGCUACUUCCUCCAUACAACAAUGACACUUCUGGGUUUAGAAAUAGAGGCUUUUGGUCUAAAGGUGACCAAGGAUCAAGGGAGAACCUUGUACCGAUGGAGGACCUCAGUUUACCCCAUGACAACAACGAAAAACAAUGGGACGGCAAAGAAGGCGGUGGUGGUGGUAAAAAGAAAAACAAGAAGAACAAGAAGGAAAAAGCUGAACUCAUUGAACCGAAAAUCUUCUUUGCCAAUGAACGUACAUUUAUUCACUGGCUUCAUUUUGCCGCUCUUUUGCUGACUACGGCCCUCACCUUGCUCAACUUUGGUGACAAGACUUCUCGCAUUGUUGGUGGAGUGUUCAUUGGACUUGCUCUUGGUAUCUCUCUUUAUGCUCAGUUUCGGUUCCAGUACCGCGCAUGGCAGAUUCGCCACCAAGGCCACUUGCGUUUUGAUGAUAUUUAUGGACCUGCUGUGCUUUGUUUCCUUAUUGUUGGUGCUCUUGUGCUCAACUUUGUCCUACGAUUUUCGGCUCCUCCACCAAAUGGUAGCUAUCUCGGCGUUGGGAACUCCACAGCUGGCACGACUGCCUUACAAGGAACUGCAAUGGCAACAAACACUGUUUCAAACAUUGCGACCACCGUGUCAAAUACUAUGGAGAACUUAAUUCCAACUACCACAAUGCCUGACGCGUCUUUUCCCGCAACGACUAGUGUCGAUGAUCCUGCCAGUACAACGGAUCCUACAAGCACCGACGACUCUACAAGCACUGACGAAUUUGGAAACCCCAUAGCUGAUGGCUCAUCCACGGACGCAAAUGGCGACCCGCUUCCAACCCCGUAAAAGAAGAUACCAACAAGCAUGACGCACGCCUGCGCCUAAUUCCCAACAAUCGGCGCAGCUCUCCGUUUUGCCUAUCCAACUAGAUUAGCUCUGCUCUUUUAUUUUUUUCAUAACUGCAUUUUGCAUUGUCAUAUUUUAUCGAUCUGUAAGAAUCAGUCCUAGCCAAACCACACUAUAGCAUAAACAGUACGAGUGUGGUAUGUAUAAUAAAACACUGGCUCAAAAUGAUAUAUG